UGGAAGAGGAGAAGAAAUAUUGGGUGAUGGUUUCGAAACUGCAGAAAGAAAACAAAGCUGAACGGUGUGCUGUCCUUCCUCUGAACACUGAGAUCACUACAUGACCUGCUGCAGACAUGCUGACCUGUGAUAUCUGCGGUGAGCAGCUCCUGCUGGAGGACGACCUGAAGACUCACCUCCUGCUGAGCCACGAGGAGAACGACAUGCGCUGCCCGCUGUGCUCGCUGAGCGGGGUGUCGUACGACCAGCUCCGCUUCCACGUUAGCUCCGCCCACCCCGAGGAGAGGGAUCCAGCAGAUCAGUCCACAUCCAAACACACGGGAGGAACACACACUGAGUCCUGCAGGUCCAGAGAGACUGCAUCCUUCACUUCAACACCACAGAGACCUAAAACCAGACCGGAGUCUUCCUCACACAGAAAAGCCAAACAGAAGCGUCUCUCUUCAACCACAAAAGAUGAUCAGCUGCAGUGCCCGCUGUGUCCUCUGCUCUGCAGCACCGGCGCCGUCCUGCAGGAGCACGUGGAGCUGCACCUGAUGGAGCAGAGGUCACCUGGAGGAAAGUUUGAGUGCCCGCUGUGCUCCGUGCUCUGCAGCGACAGCGUCUCUCUGCAGGAACACGUCGAGCUGCACUUAGACCAGG